UUACAUCACUGUUCGAGAAGGAUCAGGGGGAGGCUGUCCGGCUGGCACCGGCUGGUGGCUGUGGGUAUAUAAAAGCGGGCAGGGAGAACUGGGCACUGAAUUUGGCACACAGAAUAGCCGUGCCACCCACAGACGAGAUGGACAUCGCCAUCCACCAGCCCUGGCCGCGCCGCUCAUUCUUCUCCUCGUUCUUACCCAGCCGGAUCUUCGACCAGCAUUUUGGGGAACCGGUGCCGGAGUCAGAGCUGCUGCCGCCGUUCCCCUCGCUGUACUACAGCAGGCCCUGGUUCCUGCGCCUCUUGAACUGGGGCGACACCGGCCUUUCGGAGACCUCCGUCACCUCUUUGCAGAUGCGCAUGGACAGGGAUGGCUUCGUGAUUAAUCUGGACGUCAAGCACUUUUCCACGGAGGAGCUGUCAGUCAAGGUCAACGGCGAGUUCAUCGAGGUCCGAGGGAAGCAUGAAGAACGCCAGGACGACCACGGCUUUGUGUCGCGGGAGUUCGUCCGGAAAUACAAGCUGCCGGCGGGAGUGGUGCCGAGCGUGGUCACCUCCUCGCUGUCCUCCGACGGCGUGCUGACCAUCACGGCGCCCCGCAAUCUGGACGACGUCCCGGAGCGCAACAUCCCUAUCACCCGAGACUACAAGCCUGCGGUGGCCUCAUCACAGAAGAAGUAGAGCUGCUGGUGUCUCCCCACCAAAACACCCCCACCUGCCCCUCAAACCCCCCACCCCUGGCUCCAUUUUAGUUUCACCCUCCCCCCUCCCAUGCCUGAGUUUCCAACCCACACCCACUCUUCUGAAGGGUCAUUGCUUCACAAAUGUGCCUCCUGACUUCCUGUCACAUGACCAGCCUGUUCGUGAUGGGGUCUGUAAUAGUGCCUCCUGACUUCCUGUCACAUGACCAGACUAUUCUAGAUGGGGUCUGUAAUAGAGCCUCCUGACUUCCUGUCACAUGACCAACCUGUUCUUGAUGGGGUUUGUAAUAUAAUGAAAUGCAUGUAAGCUUGUGCUUGUAUACCUACAGUAUGCAUGUGUGGAUGUUCUGUGUUUUCCUCAAAUAACUGACAGUUCAAAAAUAUACCAAAGACCGAUUGUAUCUGCUGAUUAAGUGUGACUGCAAUACCCGACACCAAAUUUCCCACAUGUGGCAUCAAUAGGUGUCCAUGCCCACUGGAAAGAAGAGAGGGUCACAAAUGCAUGCAACGGAACUGGUUUACAUCCCAUGUGAUUUGUGGGGGGAACAAAAGUCGAGCUAGAACAUGCAAAUGAGCUCUGAGUUCAUAAAGUAACAGACCAAAACACUGGAUUCUACCGCUAAUGGUUAAUUACUCUUCAUUUUAAAAUGCUAACUCAACCUGACAGAUCUUAGGUUAUGAGUAACUAUGCUCCAGUCACAGAGUCUGCGAUAUGGGUGUUUGGUUAUAAAUGGGGCCUGGUCUCAUGGAUGGUGGUUUUGACUGGAAUGUUGGUCACCGAGGACCAUGGGGGACAGAGAAAAUGGUUUGAUGUGCAUGAGCACGAUGGCCAUGUGUCUACCCCACUUUUGACGAGAUUGUGUAACUCUGUUAGUCCAGUUGUAAUAUGUAUUGGACUAGUGUUGACUUCAGAGUGUAAAAUCUUCUGAGUUCCUGGCUGGGUGUUAACUGUUGGAUGAGACGUGAUCAUCAUGAUAAAAACUGUGAGUUUGGGCCAACGUGCCGUUGUGAGGGGCGAGGUUAUCUAAAAUAUCAGAAGCAUUGUUUGCACAUUCCACCUGCAAUGAGUUAGGUCCGGUGAAACUACUGAGCUAUAUGCCAGACUCACAAGUGGCAUGAGAUCAGGAAGUCUGCAUUUAAGUGAGGCCAGCAUUUGGUAUUUCCAGUGGGACCAGAUACAAAUAAGGAAGACACAUUUUCACAUGCCUUUACUGUAACUCCUGCAAAACAAGAACAGAGAUAAGGAUGCUUGACCCUCUGUCAGUAACAGACAAAUGGUUGCUGAUUGGCUGAGGAGGGGUAGCUGAUCCAGGCAUGGAAACAUGAUCGGAUGCUGUGUCGUUGGAAGCCUUGGAGGAUAGGGCAGGCAUUUAGUCUAUCGUUCAUGAGGGUAUGAAAAAUCCCCUGUAGCCAGCAGCCCAGAUUUGCUGAUGAUUUUCAGGCUAUUCUGCAUACUUUUUAUGUUUCUGCAAAGGGCUCAAUUGGAUAGACAUACUCUGUCUUGGACAUUUGGACUCCUCCAGUUUAUCUAAACACUUCCUAUCUGAAGCUUUUCUUACAGAACUCAGUGACAACUUCGGUUUUGGUUAAUGACAACAAGGUGUGCAACACACUAAGAACAGCAGGUGGCGUAUUGGUUGAGGUAUCGCAACCAGCCUGUCACAAUGGGAAAAUGUUGAGGGACCAAGGUAAAUUCUCACAGGGUAGUGACCCCACCCCUUCCCGUUCACAGGUCAGUCUCUGAACCUUACGUAGGCUAUGAAGCUAGCAGUGCAAUGAGUGAUAAACUGGGCCAGGUGACUGGGGUGAACUGGGUUUCCCAUUAAUUACCAUUCCUCUGCCAUUUCCAUCACUUCAUAACCAAACAAUCCUCACAAUCCCUGUUAACACAAUAGCUUUAUUCAUUUGUGACAAUAACAGAGAAAAUAAAGAAAAGUGGUUAAAAAAU